AUGGCCCCUAUACCAACUUACGAUGACAGUGUUAAUAACAAUAAUGAAUGUGAGACGAAAGUGUUUCCUUAUAAAAUCAUAAAUGUCCGAGAAGAUAUUAACAAAGAACUUUUAGAAGUGUUUACAGGAGAAAAAUCUGGAUUUCUCCAGGUGGGGCCAAAAAAAUGGUUCUUUCCUAGUGGAUACAAACGUGAAGCAGAGCAUCUCUAUAAUUUCGUUGCAAGGCCGACUGAUGUUUUUAUUGUCACAUUCCCAAGGUCAGGCACAACGUGGACUCAAGAGCUAGUUUGGUUGUUAGCAAAUGAUUUGGAUUAUGAAACAGCCAACAAGGUUCUACUGGCGCAGAGGUUUCCUUUUUUAGAAUUUAGCUGUUUUGUACACAAGGAAGUCAAGGCUAAUCUUUUAAAAGUAAACCAGUUCGAUCCACCCAGUUGUAAAUUGAUUGAAACACUCGAUUAUCCUUCUUGGAAAUAUCUGGACACUAUAAAGGAGAACCGUUUCAUAAAAACUCAUUUACCAUUCAGUUUGUUACCAUCAAAUUUACUCAACGCUGGAUCCAAGGUUAUUUACGUAGCAAGACAUCCAAAAGAUGUUGCAGUAUCUUACUACCAUUUGAACCGAACUUAUGUAACACAAGGAUACGUAGGGGAUUUCAAAAAUUUCUGGAAAUACUUCCAAAGUGGCUUAGUUGCAUGGGGACCAUAUUGGGAGCAUCUCAAAGAAGGAUGGAGCCGGAGACAUGAAAAGAACGUUCUAUUCUAUUUUUAUGAAGAUAUGAAAAAGAAUCCGAUAGCGACUUUUAGAAAGUUGGCCACGUUUUUGGGAAAAAAUUAUUCGGAUGAAGAAUUAAGUAUUCUGGAAAAUCAUCUUAGGAUUGAUAAUUUCAAAAAUAACAAAUCAGUCAACAACGACGAACACAGAAACAUCGGUUUAAUCGCUAAUGGUGAGGAAAGUUUCAUUAGAAAAGGAGUUAUUGGAGGAUGGACUACUUAUUUCGACGAGAACUUAUCUCAAGAAGCAGAUAGAUGGAUUGAAGACAACUUACGGAGUAGUAAUAUUGUGUUGCCUUAUUAA